GACAAAUGAUGGCUAAUGCACAAAAAGAAAUAGAAGAACGAAAAAGAGCUUUAAAGGCGAUAAAGCAGGAAGAUGUUUCUGCAAAGCCCUUUAAAGGGCGUGAUACACUACCAACAGUAGGAAGCAUGUAUAAUCAAGGCCUAUUGAGUAAAACAGAUUCAGACAAAGCACGAAAAAUAGCUGCAUUACAAGCACAGAUCAGAAAUAAAUUAAACUCAGGAUUACUUGGCAAUGUUAAUGUACCAGACAAACCAACUCCCUUAAUUUUGGAUGAAUCUGGCAGAACAGUAGAUAUAACAGGCAAAGAAGUACAACUCACUCAAGUAGUACCUACAUUAAAAGCUAAUAUACGUGCAAAAAAAAGAGAAGAAUUCAAAGCUCAACUACAAGAAUCAAAAGGUCCAGAAGAAAUACAAGAUACUCAUUUUUUCGAUAACAGAAUAGGUGUAAAACCAGCUAUGCGUGGUAAACGUGCAUUAAAAUUUCACGAACCAGGAAAAUUCCAACAAUUAGCAGAAAGAAUGCGCAUGAAGACACAGUUAGAGAAAUUGCAAAAUGAAAUUAGUCAAAUUGCUAGAAAAACUGGAAUUAGUUCAGCGACUAAAUUAGCUCUUAUCGCACCCAAAACUGAAGCUCUUAGUGAAGAUGUGCCUAAUAUAGAAUGGUGGGAUUCUGUUAUAUUAACUGGUGGAUAUCCUAAUGAAAAUGAGUUAACGACAAUCAAAAAUUUGACUAUCACUAAUUUAGUAGAACAUCCAACACAAAUGCGGCCUCCAACGGAUCCUUUGAAACCAAUCUAUAUGCCUGUAUUUCUCACAAAAAAAGAACGUAAGAAAUUAAGAAGACAAAAUAGACGAGAAACUUGGAAGGAAGAGCAAGAAAAAAUUCGAUUAGGUCUAGAAGCACCACCUGAGCCAAAAUUACGGAUAUCGAAUCUCAUGCGAGUUUUAGGGACUGAAGCUGUACAAGAUCCUACUAAAAUUGAAGCUCAUGUUCGACAACAAAUGGCUAAAAGAUUGAAAGCUCAUGAGGAUGCAAAUGCAGCCCGGAGACUUACUGCUGAUCAACGUCGCGAAAAAAAGGCGAGGAAGCUUAAAGAAGAUACAAGUCUUGGCGUAUAUGUUUCUGUUUAUAGAAUACGUGAUCUUGUCAAUAAUGCUUCAAAAAAAUUCAAAGUGGAGACUAAUGCGAAACAACUUUAUCUUACUGGUUGCGUAAUGCUGUUCCGAGAUUGUAAUGUUGUUGUUGUGGAAGGUGGAGCAAAACAACAAGCUAAGUACAAACGGCUGAUGAUGCAUCGCAUCAAAUGGGAAGAAGAUAUAGUGAAGGAUAAUGAUGGGAAUGAUGUACCAAAUAGAUGUGUACUGGUAUGGGAAGGGACAAGUAAACAGCGCCAUUUCGGAGAAAUUAAGUUUAAAGUGUGCCCUAUUGAAAAAAUGGCUCGAGAACAUUUUAAGAAACAUCAAGUGGAGCAUUAUUGGGAUUUAGCCUACAGUGGCGCAGUUCUUGAUAAUACAGAUGAAGUACGCCCUUAAAAUAUAAUCUUGUAAAUUAAUUUAACAUAUAAUUUAGCUAAUGCAACAAAUGAUAAAUAACUUCUAUAUUAAGUACAACUUAAUAAGAUUAUUGAAAUGAGAAAUAAAAGAUGUAUAACCAUACUAA